AUCGCACUACGGUGGCCGCCGACUAAGCCACUGCUGCCAAAUUCACUAAUCCACCAAUUUAUUUGGCAACGCUGUAUAACGUACGCUUCUUGUCGGAACGUCAUUGAAGUUUGGUGGUUAGUCGGUGAAGUAGAAUACAUCCGCUAAGGUUUCUAUAAAUUUGGAUUACGACAUGGGUGUUCAAGUGGAAACCAUUUCACCUGGGGAUGGGUCAACAUUCCCCAAGACUGGCCAGACUGUAGUUGUACACUACACAGGUACACUUCAGGAUGGAAGCAAGUUUGAUUCUUCUAGAGACCGUGGAUCCCCAUUCAAAUUCAGAAUUGGAAAAGGUGAAGUCAUCAAAGGAUGGGACCAGGGAGUUGCACAGAUGAGUGUUGGGCAAAGAGCUCGUUUGAUUUGCUCUCCAGAUUAUGCUUAUGGUUCCCGAGGACACCCAGGAAUUAUCCCACCCAAUGCUACACUGAUCUUUGAUGUGGAGCUUCUAAGAGUUGAGCCAUAAACUCAUUUUUAAAUAUUGUGUGAUUUUUAGCCUAAUUCAGUUUGCAUCUAUCAAUUUGAUAGUUUGCUGAUUUUAAAUGUGUGAAGGCUUAAUCUAGACACAAUACAAUUGAAAAUCCUUGAAUGUAA